AUGAAGUUCACUGCGGGGAUGUGGUGUCUGCAGGAGGGUGUCAGCAUCGAGUGGAUGAGCAAUGUGGAGCACGUCUCAAUUGAGGGCCAAACUGCCAAUCUACUGUUGAACAAGCUGCAGAGACACCGAGGCGAUACACUCAAUUCACCAACCGUCUCGGCCCGCAUCACUUCUCCGCUGGAGGGCAUCAUAGGCGUGAAGCUCGUGCACUGGGCUGGGCUAAACGAUAAUGGUCCUCACUAUCAGGUGAAUCAGAGCACCGGACACACGAAGAUUGAGCAUAACAAGGACAAUAACAUCCUUAAAUACACAAGUGGGCCACUCGAUCUGAAUCUAAAUACUGCAGCAAACGAGCUCGACUUGACAUUCCGCUCUCCAACUGGCAAAAAGCUCACAGGUCAAUCAUUCCGCUCCAUUGGGUAUGUGCGUGACCAGCGAACCGACAAGCACCGCUAUGAAGACGGGAUUUACGCUGAGCGCCAAGGGUACAUGCUCGCAGGGCUGGACCUGGGUGUUGGUGAAAAGGUCUACGGGCUCGGAGAGCGGUUCGGCCCUCUAGCAAAGAACGGACAGACAGUUGACAUCUGGAAUGAGGACGGCGGUACUUCUUCCGAGCUCGCGUACAAGAACAUCCCUUUUUACAUUAGCUCGCGGGGGUAUGGUGUCUUUGUGAACCAUCCCGGCAAGGUCAGUUUGGAAGUUCAGUCUGAGCGGACGACGAGAGUCAAUAUAUCUGUUCCUGGGGAGGAAGUUGAAUAUUUCGUUGUCUAUGGCGCUACGCCGAAGGAUGUUCUCAAUCGGUAUACUUCUCUGACCGGAAGACCGGCUCUGGUUCCUUCGUGGAGCUACAAUCUUUGGCUUACGACCAGUUUUACAACAAACUACGAUGAGGAUACUGUAACUGGGUUCCUUGACGGUUUCCGUGAUCGUGACAUUCCUCUCGGGGUGUUUCACUUUGACUGUUUCUGGAUGAAAUCCUAUCACUGGUGUGACUUUCAUUUCGACUCCGAGAUGUUCCCGGAUGCUGUGGGAUACCUCAAGCGUUUGAAGCAGCGUGGUCUCAAGAUCAGUGUGUGGAUCAAUCCCUAUGUUGGCCAAGCCUCGCCGCUGUUCAACGAGGGUAAGAAGAAUGGGUACUUUAUCAAGCGCACAGACGACUCCGUCUGGCAAUGGGACUUCUGGCAAGCAGGAAUGGCCGUCGUUGACUUCACGAACCCUGCCGCAUGCAAAUGGUACAACAGCCAUCUUGAGCGACUGAUGGAGAUGGACGUCGAUAGUUUCAAGACCGAUUUUGCAGAACGCAUUCCCAUCAAGGGUGUUAAGUACCACAACGGUGCGGAUCCAGAGCGAAUGCAUAACUACUACGCUUUGCUUUACAACAAGACAGUUUAUGAGACCCUCAGUGCUCGUGUCGGACGCAGCCAAGGUCUCCUAUUCGCGCGCAGCACAGCGCCAGGCGGGCAAGCAUACCCCGUCCACUGGGGUGGUGAUUGUGAAAGCACGUUUGAAGCAAUGGCGGAGUCUCUGCGCGGUGGCUUGAGUUUGAUGUUGUCGGGAUACAUCUUCUGGGCGUCUGAUAUCGGUGGAUUUGAAGGGACCCCACCGCCGGCACUCUACAAGCGAUGGGUGCAAUUCGGAUUGUUGUCAUCGCACUCACGUCUGCAUGGCUCCUCGAGCUUCCGAGUGCCGUGGAUAUAUGGCGAGGACUGCUCAGACAUAUUGCGGGAUUGUGUGAAGCGUAAAAUACUGCUCACGCCGUAUAUUCUGCAAGAGGCGUUGAGAGGUCAUGGAAACGGAACACCGCUGAUGAGGCCACUUUUCUUGGAGUUCCCCGAGGAUUUGAACACAUAUGCUGUUGAUACGCAGUACAUGUUCGGGCCGAACUUGCUGGUUGCGCCGGUGUUUUCUGAAGAAGGCGAGGUCACUUUCUACGUGCCUCACACUCCUAGUGAUGAGGACGGAAAGUGGGUGUCGUGGUUUGAUCAUUCGAAGUCUUACGAGGCCGGUCGGUGGUACACCGAGACUCAUGGCUUUGAUACUUUACCUCUCUUGAUUCGUCCUGGAUCGGCGACUGUCAUCAACCCCACUAUCAAGGCCCCCGAAGAUGAUGCUUUAUCGGGAGUUGAGCUCUUGAUCAACGGCCGCCUUGGGGGUGAGACUUUGAUUGAGCUUGUCAAUUCGGCUCAGACAGAUGAGGUCCUCAAGACUGUCCGGCUCUCUCCUGGAGUAGAUGGAAAGCUGGAAGUAGCUGGUCAUUCUGUUAAGAUAGUCUAUGUUGAAUAA